UAUAUAUGUGUGUGUUUGGAAGUAAGUUUGGUAGCAUUGGGCUGUCAGCAGAAGCCAAAGAAGGCCAAGCAGAACAGAAAGGACUUGGAUCAACCCGUUGAACAACAGGAUGUCUACAGCACUGCUCUUGGAGAAGUGGGACCUGCAAUGUAAGCGCAACAACAAGGACCACAGGACCUCUGAUACUGGUUCCCAGCGUCUCCUUGUGCGCCGGGGCCAGUCCUUCCUUGUGACGCUGCACUUCUCCGGGAGGACCUUCAAGAAAGAGGUGGACAAGCUCACCUUCCACGUUAAGACAGGUCCUCGCCCCAUUCAGACAUCUGGGACCAGUUCUUCCUUCCCUCUCUCCUCCUCUCUGAAAAAGGCCAAAUGGAGCUCCGCUGUGGAAGGCCAGGAUGGGUCCUCCAUGACCAUAUUAAUCUUCCCUCCUCCGGAUGCCAGGAUUGGACGCUACCGCCUGACCCUGGAGGUCUCCACUGAAGGGCAAGGGUCCAGCUGCGACCUGGGAGAGUUCAUCCUGUUCUUCAAUCCAUGGUCCAAAGAUGACACGGUCUACAUGGAAAGCGAAGAGGCUCGCGUUGAAUAUGUCCUGACCCAACAUGGACAGAUCUACCAAGGAUCCAAGGACUUUUUCCUUGGCAUCCCUUGGAUCUUCGGGCAGUUUGAAGAAGGGAUUGUGGACAUCUGCCUGCAGCUGCUGGACACCAACCCCAAAUUCCUCCUCAACCAGGACAAGGACUGCUCCCGCCGCAACAGCCCCGUCUACGUCAGCCGAGUGGUCAGCGCCAUGGUGAAUUGCAAUGAUGACAAUGGCAUCCUCUAUGGACGAUGGGACAACCAGUACGAGGAUGGCAUGAGUCCCUUAUCCUGGAAUGGAAGUGUGGACAUCCUUCGGAGGUGGGAGAAGUUCGGGUGCCAACCGGUCCGUUAUGGGCAGUGCUGGGUCUUUGCCGCUGUGGCUUGCACAGUGCUCCGGUGCCUGGGCAUCCCCACCCGCGUGGUCACCAACUUCGAGUCUGCCCACGACACCAACAGCAACUUGAUCAUAGAGCGAUACAUGGACCAAAAUGGGAAGAGGCAGCCGGGCAGCCGGGACUCCAUCUGGAAUUAUCACUGCUGGGUCGAAUCUUGGAUGGGACGUCCAGAUCUUGCAGCAGGGUAUGAUGGGUGGCAGGCUUUGGACCCAACUCCCCAGGAGAAAAGCGAAGGUGUUUUCUGCUGCGGACCAGCACCCGUCAAAGCCAUCAAAGAGGGAGACCUUCAUGUCAAGUAUGACGUCCCCUUUGUCUUCGCUGAGGUCAAUGCUGAUGUGGUGAAUUUUGUGCUCCAGGAUGAUAUGUCCUGGAAGAAGACCACCUACACCAGCCUGGUGGGCAUGAAGAUCAGCACCAAGAGUGUGGGCAGUGACACCAGGGAGGACAUCACCCAUCACUACAAGUACCCCGAAGGAUCGAGGGAAGAGCGAGCCGUCUUUGCAAAGGCCCUGCACCGCAAAGACCCAGCACCAGCGAAGGGAGGACUGAAGGUCAGGAUCAAAGCCUCCGAGGGCAUCAACAAUGGCUGUGACUUCAAAGUCUUCGCUGUCCUCGUCAACAACACGGCAGAGGAGCACCGGUGCCGCCUGAGGUUUGGCACUCAUGUCAUCAGCUACAAUGGGGCGCUGGGUCCCGAAAUCAGUUUCAAAGACCUGCGUAACAUCACGCUGGAGCCAUAUGCCAAGCGGACUGUCCCUUUGCGCAUCCUCUAUGAGAAGUACGGACACUGCUUGACUCAGGACAACAUGAUCAAGGUGACGGCUCUCCUCACUGACCUCGGCACCCAGGAGGUGGUCCUCGGCAUCCGGAGCAUCUACAUCAAGAACCCGGAUAUCAAAAUCAGGGUCCUGGGGGAGCCGAUGCAGAAGCGGAAGCUGGUGGCCGAACUGACGCUGACCAACCCACUGCCCACCCCUCUGACCGGCUGCGUCUUCACCGUGGAAGGGGCCGGACUCACGGAUGGACAGAAGGUCCAGGAGAUUGAGUCUCCCAUCGGUCCGGGCGAAGAAGCCAAAGUGAGGGUGGACUUUGUUCCCCGACGGUCUGGUUUGAGGAAAUUGGUGGUGGACUUCGAAAGUGACAAGCUGAAAGGGGUGAAGGGCUACCAGGACGUCAUCAUCGCUCCACCACCCAAGUGGAGCAGGCCAUAAAAAGAAGAGGGUGCCUUCUGUGUUUGUCUUGCCAAGAUCCUUUGCAAUGUGUCUCCUGUUUAGCAAGAGGGACAAAAAUCCCAGGACCGAAGGAGACCCAGACGUGGACACUUGAAAUCCAACCCAACAUUGCAAAUAUGCUUCUUUCCCCCAUGUUUAUUACCCAGAUAUGGAAACUGUUGGUUCAAUUUGUUUUUCAUAAAAUGCAGCUUAGAAUGGAUGCUGCCAUUGUGGUCUGAGCGUAAAAAGUGCUUCUGGAGGCCCUGCUUGACUUUAGAGAGAGGAACCCUCUCUUCUUGCCACCAAACACUCAAUAGGUCAACAAAGACACACAAGCAUCUCAUAGAAUUAUAGAGUUGGAAGAGACCUCAUAGGCCAUCCAGUCCAACCCCAUUCUGCCGAGAAGCAGGAAUAUUGAAUUCAAAGCACCCCUUGAAGGGACCAUAAGCCAAAAAAAUAGUAAACUAUUUCCUAUGUAGCUUUGCCUGUGCAUAUGCCCUUCCCUUCCUGUGAGCUGGUGUCUUUCUCCAGGAAGUUCCAAAGAGAGAAGAAAGCUCAGAGUAAAUAAGUCAGGUCAUUGGUAUCACUUGUGCCAAGUAGGUGUGGAAGGUGAGGAAGAGCCUCAGCCAUUGGUCAAUUUUAGAUAAGCCAGAGGUAUAUAAUCUUUGUUUGCUACGCACAUGUUGUGACGGCCAUUUGCAUGGUACAGACCCACUAAAGUGGCUGUUUUGCCUUAUCAUCAGCUGUGAUAACAAUAAAAGGCUUGUUUUAUUGCUC